AUCAAACUCGUAAACAAACAUGAUCGGCACAAAGUUUAAAGCUUCAGCGUGGUUCUAGUAGUGGCAAAAUAGCUUCGAGUGUUUACUUUUCACUUCGAGGUAUUUGAAAUGAGUGCACCAGCAUUGUACAGGACAACAAAACAAUUUUGAGAAGAAACCAGUACAGGACCUGGAGGACCAAGACACAGGCCGCAUGCUCAAGUGAGAACAACAGGGCUUCAUCUACGGAAAAUAAAAGAAAAAGAAGUCUACGCAAGAUUUCGUCAGGAACUUCUCUCCGGCACCUCUUCUGUCUGAAUGUAGCUGACCCUCUGACAAACGCACCUGCAUUAAAGAAGAGGCAAGAGAUUCUUGUGACUUCGAGUCAUCACGUGCGAGGCCCUUUGGAAUCACAACUCCAAGACAUGCAGUUCUCUCUGGAGUUCCGUGAUCAGCCUGUGAGAGUUAAAUCGGAACCACCUGAUGUUGCAUGCCUGCCACAACAGGACCAGGUACAUCAACAGCGCUCCGGAGUGACAGCUGGGACGUGUGAGAUUAAAGAUGAACCUCGAGAGGAAUCUUUGAAGGAACCUGCAAUCAUGGAAGUCAAAACGGAGCCUUAUGACGCUGCAAUCUUGACUGGACAGGACCAAAUGGGACGCCAGUGUGAUUCAACAUCAGAAGGAGUGACAGCUGGGACGUGUCACGUUAAAGAGGAACCUCGAGAGGAAUCUUCAAAUGGACAUCCUAUCGUAGAAGUCAAGACAGAGCCUUACAAUGUUCCACUCUUGACAGAACAGGACCAGAUGGGAGACAGCUGUGACUCAACAUCAGAAGAUGUUCAGAUGGGAGAGAAGUGUUCUGGGUGCAACAUCUAUCUCGCUGCAUUGUGGAGGUCUGGAAGUGACGAGAACCAUGUGGCGAACCAUACUGACAAGAGGCCAUACAAGAGGGAUGUCUGCCCUGCAGAGUUCAGCCUGAGCGGGAACACGCAGCAGCAAAAGCAGACAGAUUCGUGCGAGAAACCAUACAAGUGUGAUGUCUGCCCUGCGAAGUUCAGCCGCAGUUGGUACGUACAGCGGCACAAGCGGGCACACACGGGCGAGAAACCAUACAAGUGUGAUGUCUGCCACGUAGAGUUCAGCCAGAGCGGGAUCCUACAGCAGCACAAGCGGACACACACGGGUGAGAAGCCGUAUAAGUGUGAUGUCUGCCAUGGGAAGUUCAGCCGCAGUUGGCACUUACAGCAGCACAAGCGGGCACACACGGGUGAGAAGCCAUACAAGUGCGAUGUCUGCCCUGCAGAGUUCAGCCGCAGUUGGUACCUACAGCAGCACAAGCGAGCACACACGGGUGAGAAGCCACACAAGUGCGAUGUCUGCCCUGCAGAGUUCAGCAAGCGCGGGAACCUACAGCGGCACAAGCGGACACACACGGGCGAGAAACCAUACAAGUGCAAUGUAUGCUGCGCAGAGUUCAGCCAGAGCGUGAUCCUACAGCAGCACAAGCGGACACACACGGGUGAGAAGCCAUACAAGUGCAAUGUUUGCCCUGCGAAGUUCAGUCAGAGCGGGCACCUACGGGUUCACAGGCAGACACACACGGGCGAGAAGCCAUACAAAUGCGAUGUCUGCCCUGCGGAGUUCAGCAGGGGCGGGAACCUAGAGCAGCACAAGUGGACACACACGGACUAGAUUCUAUAAAAGUGCCGUCUCUGUCCUGCAGUGUUCAAACAGUGCGCAACCUUGUCACAUCACAAGCGAAAACAUACAGGUGAGCUGCCAUAAAAUUGCAACCUCUGUCCUGCAAUGUUGAUCCACAACCCAAACUUGCAGUGUGAUACAAGUGCGGUCUCUGUCCUGGAGAAUAUCGCAAGCAGACACCUUGAGGUAGCCAUGAAAGAGCAUUCCCUGUUCUGCUGACCUGAGGCACAGGACAACCUGCAGUGUAACAAGAAGACCUACAUGGGUGUGAAGCCAUACAAGUGCAACCUCUGUGCUGCAGAGUUCGUGUACAGCAGGAACACACAGAGUUAGAGAAGCUGCUAGAGCUAGCUCAACCAGAGGAACAAACCUGUGACGUAACAUGUAGCCAGGACACACUUGGAAUAGCAACCGGAGGAGUGGUUAGAGGCCGUGUACACGUGAAAGUGCACCAGUCCUGGGCUGUCGCAUGUCCUUGAUGCAGACACCUGAAGAAGCACAUGCUAAUGCACAGAUAGGAGAACGCUGUACCGAUGCGAUCUGUAUUCCGCCGUAUUUUACUUGUGUUAGACAUUUUGAAACUCGCACUCGUGAGCAGGGAGAGCUGGGUUGGGUGGUGACACAUGUGAAACGCAAACAAACGAACAAAAAAAAAAGGCAUUGAAGGGGCACCCAUACGGUGGCUCUGAACUACCAACCAAGGUUUACUUCCACGAACAACAUGCAUUGUAUUGUUUCGCUUUAGCCUCUGUGUUCCUUUCUUUAUUCCUUUGCCUUUUAUUCCUUUCUAUUUAUUCCUGUUUAUUAUGACGAUGAGUGCUUCCUUUAUUUCUUGCGUCUCCUCAGCUGAUAACAUAAACGAAUAAAUCAACCAUAUGAAAUAAAAAAAAUAUUUCUACAAGACGUGACAACUUGUGAGAAGAAUCCCCAUGGUUACGUUUUGUGUUACAGGCAUGUGUUGUGGAAUGCGUUACAAUUUGUAACAAUUUGUGAGUCACAUCUUGGGAGAAAUCACGGAAAGACAAUCGUGUAUGGUAUGAGAGAGUAAAGGCUGUGAGCUCAGUCUCGAGAACGUUUUUUUUUUCUUUUUUCAACCGAGAGGGUUGACUGGAGACUGCAACUACUAGAAGUACAGCACCCGUCAACCUUAGUAAUAACACGGGAAGAAGAAAUGGUGUCGUUCCGUCAUAUGCACUUGAAAGAAAUUAAACAUGCACGCAUCUCUGCA